AUGUCGGAGAACGCAGAACCUCCCGUCGUCGCCGUCAUGACCAACGGUAACCUCAAUGGCGUCAAUGGCGACCACCCGCCGCGCCCAAGGACGCCGCAGCCGCAGGGCAUGUCUUUGACGGAGUACAGCGCCAACCCGUCCACGCCCCCGGAGGAGAGGCGGAACCGCAUCAAAGGCAUUGUGCCUGACGACUUUCUCCUGCCCGAUGGCCACCCCGACUACCUCCGACUCAUCGCCGCCGCAACCUCCCGCGUAUACGAGGCCUGCAAGAUCACGCCACUCCAGCCCGCCGUGAACCUCAGCAACCGACUCGAGUGCAAUGUGCUUCUCAAGCGCGAGGACCAGCAGCCCGUUUUCAGCUUCAAGCUGCGCGGUGCCUACAACAAGAUGGCCCACCUCGACCCCGCCAAGAGCUGGAAGGGCGUCGUCUGCUGCUCUGCCGGCAACCACGCCCAGGGCGUCGCCUAUUCGGCCCGGAAGCUCAAGAUCCCCGCGACCAUCAUCAUGCCCGAGGGGACCCCUAGCAUCAAGCAUCUCAAUGUCGCGCGAUUGGGUGGUCACGUCGUCCUGCACGGCGCUGACUUCGAUGCAGCCAAGGAGGAGUGUGGGCGGAGGGCGCUGCAGGAUGGACUGAUCAAUAUCCCCCCCUUUGACGACCCGUACGUCAUUGCGGGCCAGGGAACUAUCGGUAUGGAGUUAUCCAUGGUCGCCGUCACCUCUGGCGCCAACAUGAACUUCGACCGCCUGCGUUUUGUCGCCGAGCGCGCGACCCUCGGUGAAGGCAAGGAGGCCCUGCUGUCAGUCAGCAUCCCCGAGAAGCCUGGCGCGUUCGCCAACCUAAUCACCAGCAUCAUGCCCCACUCCGUCACCGAAUUCUCCUACCGUUAUGCUACAGAUGAGGUCGCCAACGUCCUCAUUGGUAUCUCCUUGACAGCCCCGGCAUCCCAGAGGACGCAGGAGUUGCAGAUGCUGCUGGAGCGCAUCCAGUCACACGACAUGUCGGUGACGGAUCUGUCUGGCGACGAACUCGCCAAGAGCCAUAUCCGAUACCUCGUCGGUGGUCGCUCCAACGUGUCCAAUGAGCGUUUGUACAUGUUCAAUUUCCCCGAGCGUCCCGGUGCGCUGGAGAAGUUCCUCAUGACCCUUCGCCCCAAGUUCAACAUCAGCCUGUUCAACUACCGUAACUACGGCGGUGACACGGGUAAGAUCCUGGCGGGUAUCUUGUGCCCCGACAACGAGGUCGAGGAGCUGGAGAAGUUCCUUACCGAGAUUGGCUACCCUUGGGAGGACUGCAGCCAGUCUGUGGUCUUCAAGACUUUCCUUCGCAGUUAA